UCCAUUGUCCCCCUUCUUCGCCCCCACUCGGAGUACAAAAGGGCCCCACUCUCGCGUUCGACCACGCUAUAGCCAAGACCACCACCACCAGCACCUGCCAAGAUGGGACUCUCAUCGACAAAAACCAACACAAUGGGCCUCAGCGGCACCAAGCUGCGCUUCAUGAUCGCGGCCGUCUCCAUCACUGGCUUCUCCCUCUUUGGCUACGACCAGGGCCUCAUGUCGGGCAUCAUCACCGGUACCGAGUUCAACAACGAGUUCCCGGCCACCAAGGGCGACGACCGGCACGCAACUGUCGUGCAGGGCGCCGUUGUGUCGUGCUACGAGAUUGGCUGCUUCUUUGGCGCCCUCUUUGCCCUCUUCCAGGGUGACCGCCACGGCCGCCGGCCCCUCGUCCUCGCUGCCGCCAUCAUCAUGGUCAUCGGUACGAUCAUCUCGGUCACGCCGUUUGGCCCCCACUGGGGCCUGGGUCAGUUUGUGGUUGGCCGUGUCCUGACGGGCAUCGGCAACGGCCUCAACACGGCGACGAUUCCCGUCUGGCAGUCGGAGAUGUCCAAGGCCAAGAACCGCGGCCUGCUGGUCAACCUCGAAGGCUCCAUCAUUGCCGUCGGCACCUUUGUCGCCUACUGGAUCGACUUUGGCUUCUCCUACGUCAACAACUCGUCGCAGUGGCGCUUCCCCGUCGCCUUCCAGAUCGUCUUUGCUGUGCUCCUCUUUGCCGGCAUGCUUGGCAUGCCCGAGUCGCCCCGCUGGCUCAUCGCCCAGGGCCGCACCGAGGAGGCGCGCGCCGUGCUCACGGCCCUCGAGGACAACGACAACGCCCUCGUCGAUGCUGAGUUGAGCACGAUCCACGACGCCAUCCACCGCAUGCCCAAGCAGCUCGGCUUCCGCGACCUGCUGACCAACGGCAAGACGCAGCACUUCCGCCGCAUGCUCCUCGGCGCCAGCACGCAGUUCAUGCAGCAGUUCACCGGCUGCAACGCCGCCAUCUACUACUCGACCGUGCUCUUUUCCACGUCGCUCCACCAGUCCCGCCGGCUGUCGCUGGUGCUGGGCGGUGUGUUUGCGACCGUGUACGCGCUGUCGACGAUCCCCUCGUUCUUCCUCAUCGAGCGCAUCGGCCGCCGAAAGCUGUUCCUCAUCGGUGCCACGGGUCAGGGCAUCGCCUUCCUCAUCACCUUUGCCUGCCUCGCCGCGCCCGAGACGGAGAACAACGCAAAGGGCGCAGCCGUGGGCCUGUACCUGUUCAUCUUCUUCUUUGCCUUUACUGUGCUCCAGGGCCCCUGGAUCUACCCGCCCGAGAUCAACCCGAUGCGAACGCGCACGGCGGCCGCGGGUGUCUCGACGUGCACCAACUGGAUCAGCAACUUUGCCGUCGUCAUGUUCACGCCCAUCUUCAUCGGCCAGACGCGCUGGGGUGCCUACCUCUUCUUUGCGCUCAUGAACUUCAUCUGGAUCCCCAUCAUCUACUUUUUCUACCCCGAGACGGCCGGUCGCGCCCUCGAGGAGAUCGACAUCAUCUUUGCCAAGGCCCACGUCGAGGGCACGCCGGCCUACCGCGUCGCUGCGUCGUUGCCCAAGCUCUCGCCCGCCGAGAUCCAGGCCGAGUCGGAGAAGCUGGGCCUGUUCGAGGGCGGCGCCAGCGACGAUGUCGCCAAGGAAAAGGCCAGCGCCGGCAACAGCUCGAGCACGCCCUCGAGUCCCUCCGAGGAGGAGAGCCACUAGUCCGUGGAUCCUAAUAAAAAUAAAAGCUCCCUAGAUCUGCAAGCCACGGGAAGCAAAUGAAUUCGCUGUUCUCGCAACCAUGUCAUACAGAAUUGUGCCUAUAAUCGAACGAGCAAAAGUCUUGUGCAUGCUUUGGAACAAGUCAGUGUGUCUGUUUUUGGCGAGCCUGUCCCUUUGCCGAGGGGUGCUUUACGCCUGCUCACUCUG